UGACACGGUAGAUUUGUUUCGGUAAACGUGAUCAAUAUAAUAUUACAGAAAGACCUUUGUGUUAACGAAAGUGAAUCAAAAGAAAUGUUGUCCAAGGUUCAGCUGAAUGAGGGAUGAUCGAUCACCGAAGAACUUGUAAAAUCUAGUGUACUUCAUCCUCCCACAUAUAAUGACACCUUCAUGGACACCUUCAUUGACACCUUCAGCUGCGAUCGCAUUUAACACUACUGAGGCAGCACCAAUGCAAUAUCGACCAUGGCUUAAAAUACUACUCUGGACAUUUUAUAGCCUCAUAUUUCUUCUUGGAGUUGGUGGAAACUCUGCUGUUUGUUUCAUCUUAAAUCGAAGAAAAUCUCUACGAACAGUAACCAAUCUAUUUAUUCUCAACCUCGCAAUUUCCGACCUAAUAUUCUCCUGCACAAUCCCGCUCGAGUUUCCAAUUAUUGUGAACAAUUAUAAAUGGCCAUAUGCUCCGUUCUUUUGCAAUAUUUACGCUCCAGUUCAAACCAUAGCUUUAACCGUCUCUAUUUUUACACUAGCGGUUGUAAGUGUUGUGCGACAUCGGGCAAUCAUUCAUCCGCUCAAGAGUCAGAUAACUCGGACCCAGGCUCGAUAUAUUCUCCUCGGAAUAUGGUUGUUUUCUGCCAUACUUAUGAUACCUCAUUCAAUCACACUCAGAAGUGAUGGUACAGAGUGCUAUGAAAAAUGGCCGGAUCCGAAGUACAGAAAGAUGUAUACAACAUCACUUUGUGUAUUAUUUUAUGUCAUCCCUUUGUCCAUAAUUUCGUUUGCAUACGUGAAGAUUGUUAAGGAAUUAAUCAGAAAACAAAAUUGCCGCUUCACUAGUGAUAACUCUGCGUUGAAUAAAGCCUGGAAUACAGAAGCAACGAAAGUCAUUCGUAUGUUUUUCAAGGCUACUAUAGUUUUUGCAGUUUGUAAUUUACCAAGUCAGAUAAUGUGGCUGUGGUUGGAUUAUGGAAAGGCCGAUGAAACAUUCAAGUAUUUUUGGGAUCUACUGGCGGCAAUGAACAUAUUAAUAUUUGCCAAUAGUGCAGCCAAUCCUUUUAUUUACUAUAUAUUUCAUGAUAAGUUUCGAAAUGAAGCCAUAAAAUACUUGUCUCAGUAUAAAUGGUUCGUUCAACUAAGAAAAUCGUGUUACAGCACUUGCCGAGAUAGUAACGAUCGUUCAUUGGUUCUUGAUAAGAAAGAAGUGGCUGCAGGUAAUGGAAUUGGAAAUGAGAUGGAGAAUUCUGGACAUGGAAUGCCAUCUAAAGCAUCGUCGAACUUGUUAGAUAAAACAUACGAGAGUUGCGUUUAAAUAUUUAUGUAGCCUAAGCGUACUAUAUAAGCACGUGCAUUGAAUAUAGAAUAUAGUGCAUGCAUGUAAGAUAUCAUAGUCUACAUUUGACGCAUACCUUGCAACUGAAACAAGGCGACGAUACGGAGACAUGAUUUGGUUUGUUUACGUUUAAGCAUGUUCGAUUUGCUGACAACUGUUAAUCGUUUCGGUGGGAAUUCUACCCUCCAAUAUGAAAUAUUCACCCGUAAGAUAUAUUCGGAAUAAGAGUCACCACUGAGCUCUGUAUUAUAUACAAUUGUGAAGUGAGUGAAAUUACCAUGGGCAUGGACCAUGAAGUGAGCUGU